AUGUUGCCUACCAAUGAUACCCAGUUUCACUCCUCUUCCUUCCAACUGCUGGGAAUCCCAGGAAUGGAAACAUUCCACAUCUGGAUUGGCUUUCCCUUUUGUGUUGUGUACAUGGUUGCACUCUUAGGGAACUGCACCAUUCUGUUUGUGAUCCCAGCUAACAGCAGCUUGCACCAGCCCAUGUUCUGCUUUCUGGCCAUGUUGGCCACCAUUGACGUGGGCCUCUCCACAGCUACCAUCCCCAAGAUGCUUGGUAUCUUCUGGUUUGGCCUUAGAGAGAUAGACUUUGAUGCCUGCCUCACCCAGAUGUUUUUCAUCCACAACUUCACACUUAUGGAAUCAGCAGUCCUUUUGGCCAUGGCUUAUGAUCGCUAUGUGGCCAUCUGCAACCCACUCCGAUACAACACCAUCCUCACUAACAAGGUUAUUUCUGUGAUUAGUCUAGGCAUAUUAGUGAGGUCCUUCAUUUUUGUUUUUCCAUUUAUAUUUCUUAUUAUACGAUUACCUUUCUGUGGGAAUCAUGUCAUUCCACACACCUAUUGUGAACACAUGGGUCUUGCUCGCCUGUCUUGUGCCAGUAUCAAGGUCAACAUUAUUUAUGGCCUAUGUGCCAUUUGUAAUCUGGUGUUUGACAUCAUAGCCAUUGCUAUUUCCUAUGUCCAGAUACUGCGUGCUGUUUUCCAUCUACCUUCCCAUGAAGCCCGGCUCAAGUCCCUCAGCACGUGUGGUUCACAUGUUUGUGUCAUUCUUGCCUUCUAUACACCAGCCCUCUUUUCCUUUAUGACACAUCGCUUUGGCCACAAUGUCCCCCACUAUAUCCACAUUCUUCUGGCCAAUCUCUAUGUCAUAGUGCCACCGAUGCUCAACCCUAUUAUCUAUGGAGUCAGAACCAAGCAGAUCUAUGACUGUGUGAAGAAGAUAUUAAUGCAGAAAUAA